UGGUUUUGGUUGUGGGACAUUGAGGUGUCACAGCCUGAUUAACUGAUACGAACCUGUUAUUGCUAAUAUAAGCACUGUGAAUCCCUUUCACUGUGGUUUGCUGCUAUCACAGUUAUCCCAAUAUAUUACUGAGCUGCCUUAUGAGAAAGUUUGGUGCUCUUGAGUACAACUUUAUCAUGGUCAUCUGCUUGUGGGGAGUUCUUAAGAACUGGCAUAAGGAUAACAUAAAUGCAUCAAUCUUGACUAGCUAAAUUCUCACUAUGCUUAUUAUGUUCUAAAACUAUAAUUGUCAUAUAAUAUCAGUGUUAUUGCAUAGGUUAAUUUGAGUGAGUCUCGGGUUUACAGUCCAGUUCCCCUGCUGAUGAAAGUUGCAUCCCAUCUGAGUACAACACUCCACCACAGCCAUUGCCACCACCACCUGCUAUCUCCAUCUCCACUGCCACCACCGUGCCAGCCAGGCCAGAGGCAUGGGAUCCUAAUGUUCAAGAUAAGUGAUUCCACUAUCUGUGGCCUGGCCAUGAACACUGUAGCCAUAAGUUCUGCACAUCAUAAAAGGCAGUUAAAAGGAUGUAUUUUAUCCCACAAUGAAACAAGAAUUUCAGGCUGAUGUAGAAUGAUAGAUUGACAAUACCUUAAAUAGUAAUUUAAUUCAGACUGAUUUAAUUCAGAUUAUGGUAAUCUUUUGAUCAAAGCAAAGUUCAAAUAAAAUUUUACCAAGUUGUGAUUAGUAAGAACCAAGUCCAGUUUUUGGCAGUGUUUAUUAUAAUUAAUUGUUUUUGAUGAUUAUAACUGUACACACUCCAUUGAGCAGAUGACCACAGCUUGUAACUGUGGAUGCUUACAGCCUGGUGAGGACUUUACUGCAGAUCACCGUGUUAUGUAGAGGAUCUUUUAAUUUUACACUUGCAACUAUUAGAGCUGCCUGCUGCUGACUGUCGAUUAUGAAAUUCUCUCUCUCUCUCUCUCUCUCUCUCUCUCUCUCUCUCUCUCUCUCUCUCUCUCUCUCUCUCUCUCUCUCUCUCUCUCUCUCUCUCUCUCUCUCUCUCUCUCUCUCUCUUCAUCUGGCACCACUACCAUUGUUAUUUAUCAUGUGUUACAAAGGAUAUGUUGUGGGUCACAUCCAUAUGCCUGUUAUAGAUGAUGGAAAUAAUUUAUUGUGUGUGUCACCAAAUUUGGGAGCAGUAGAACAUAUCCGCUAUCAGUGCAAGAAGUUACUGAUGUAGAUCCUUGCAAAUCAGGAAUUGCUUAUGAUUUCAUGAUGUAAAUAUUUAUGCUUGGAAAUUGAUCAACACAUCUCUUUAUUUUCAGGUCUAGAUUCAGAAGCAAUGAAGAUGAACCCAGGAGUGCCCCCUUAUAUGGUGUACCACAUACCCAUGAUGUAUGGAGGGUUUGGGGACUACAGCUACAACCCUCACUGGGUCUGUAGCAUUCCUGUGAUGCCUUCCCCUGCUACAGUAGAGGAGGGCAAGCAGACACCCUUGAUGCCAGGAACAGAUGGGUAUCAGCAGAUGGUGGCUGUUGGGGGCUGGGGACAGGGCAACCUGAGGGCAGAGACGGAGGGAAAGAUGGCCCACCUUUCCACCACCAUCACCCAUGGGGCCGGGGCCGUGGUGGACCCCAUCACCAAGGGAGGCACCACUAUGUUGCACAUCAGUACUCAAAUAAUCAUGGCAACAACUUUCAUGCAUGUCAUUGAAAAUCUGGACCUGUCCGGGCUGGUGAAGGACACUCAUUGGCAGUGGGUGGCAGUGACAGACUCUAGAGCAGUACAUCCUGCAGGACUGGGCCAUGAGGCCACUGAAGGACACCGCUCAUUCUGCAGGAAGAGAGUGGCUGUAAGGAGCAGUACAGGAGCCCAGAGAAGGAAUGUUGUGUGGGGGAGAGAGAGAGAGAGUGUGUGCCAAGGUGACACCACUCUCCACCUCAGCUGGGAACAUCACCUGCAACACCCUCUCAUCCCAGCCUCACCUAACAGCCAUCAGUCAUCAACUGCUGCCUUGUAUAUAAUAGUUUUCAUAUAACCUUCUGUCUUCUGUAUCUUGAAGUGAGUAAAGAAAAAAAAAAUGGAGUUGAUGUGGUUGGUCAUUGUCCUUGGGGAAAAAAAAUGGAAAAA